AUGGAAAAGAUCUGCAGCAGCAACAGGGGUCCCAGUCUGGAUAUUGAAGCUCUGGAUAAUGGUAUUAGGAUCCAACUUAGGAUCAUGAUGAGAACACCUCAUAAUAAACAGAAUAUCCUGGUCACUGCUUUGGAGGCCCUUAAUAAACUGCUCCGGGAUUUUGCAGUGCCUUUAGCUAAAGUUAAUUGAGAACGAUUUGUUGAGUUCUGUCUCAACUAUGAUUGGGGUUGGAAAAACACUCCAUAUGCAGCCACUCUCUUACCGGUGCUCGAAAAUCAGGAGGAGGUAUUCGAACUAGUCUCACGCCCAGGUCAACGAUAUAGAGGAGAGGGUGAGGCUGCUGCCAUCUUUAUACAGCCCUGCUGGAGGCGUUACUUGGCUAGAACCGCCUACCUGUGCCACUACCGACGCAAACGGGCGGUUCAGAUUAUCUCAUUGUCAUGGCUGAUGCACGCUCAAAGAUGCCAAGUGAAGAGAGCCCUCCAGGCCAUGCGCUUCAGUCAGCUGGAGAAUUAUUGCAGAAGAGCAAAGCAUCUGGCAGCGAACUGGAAACAUAUCCGAUCGUCCAAGAGGACUAUUAUCCACAUCCCUUCAUUAGGGUACCCAGAGAAACAGAGACAAAGCACAAAAAGAUUUGACGUCCUCCAAAAUAGCCAAAUUAGCAGGCUGUGUGAUCUUAGAGAUGAAAAUCUGGAAGCGUUCUACAUAUGUCCCAUUCAUUUGGGAGAAGACAUCUUGGAGUAUUAUUCAAAUGUCCUGAAAUGCAACAUUGCUAAUACCGUGACCAGCCAGGCCUUAUCCCAUAACAGGUUUAUUAUUCUAAUACCCGAGGCUGUGGAUCUGUUCUAUACCCACAACAUGUGUCUGUUUAUGCUGCUAAAGUACAGUCUAUGCACCCUGAAGCGUAUCAAACACCUAAUUUGGGGGAAGCAGACAUACAUAGCGGGUUUAGUCGGACAUGUAGAUAACCUGUCUGUUGCUGAUGAGCUGGAUGUGUCGAUUUUGGGUCCAGAACCAGCUAUAUCACAAUUCCACAGCACCAAAUCUGGAGGAAGAGGGAUAUUAUCUAUGACAGGGGUUGAUGUAUCCCCUGGACAGCGAGAUUUAUACUCACUUAACCUGCUUCAUGAAACAUUAACUGAACUUAUGAGUCUAAAUAUCAAUGUGCAGCACUGGUUCUUUAAGAUCAAUGUACAGCGUGGAGGUUGUGAAGCGGCAUUCUGGGAUGUUCUCCACCUUAGCUGCUAUAACUGGGCCUUACAGCAUUAUCAUCGUUACCGUCCUGAUCUGUGGAGCUCAGAAUGGAUGCAGGAGUCAGUUCUGCCCAUAUAUUUAAAUAAGAUCCCAGAAUCGCUGGCCCAUUAUGCCAAACAGGCUAAAACUUCCAGUUUCCUCAUGAGGUUAAGCCCCCUGCAUACCUUCCUCAGGCAAGGUUAGAGUGGUGGAGGCCAACCCCCUUCAGAAAGUGUCGCCCAUCUAAGAGUUGAUAUGCUUUUGGAGCCUAGGGGUGAGGUAACCAUGCUGUCCUGUGGAAACCAGCUCCACGGCUCCUGUCAUCUGGACGAUGUGGGAUCUGCCGUUCCUCAGACCUCUGUACACCCAGAGAUCUUGCAAGCCAUUUGUAUGCAUGUGGCUCAGGCUUGCCAGCAGCAUAUCAUGGGUUAUAUAUCCAUUGCUCUAGUUACCUCUGAAGACCAUAGCACCAUGAAGCAUAAGGUAUGGGCUUUUGAUCUGGACAUUGCAUACAGUGACCAGGUUGCCAUGUCCCAGAUGUUAGUAUUGGUGACUGGAGGAAUGUUAAAUUGGCACACAUGCUGUUUAGAAGUGCCAGUGGCAGUCAAAGGGAAAUGCUCUGAACACCAGGCUGUAGCACAGGGCCCUGCCUUUGACAAGUGCAAGCACACAGCCUUCACAGCGAGUUAUGGGCCAUACUUCCUGAGCUCUCCAAGGCUCAGACCUGCUGCCUUUGUCUCCCAAAGGUGGCUGAGAACGGACCCUACAGUGGUCAGUUGCAGUGCAUUGAUGGGGAUGCACUUGUUUCACCCUGACCUGUCAAUGCUGUACCAAGUGUUAUUUGAGAUGUGCAAAGCUCAUGGCAUUGAAUUUAAGAAGUUGCAAAAGCAAGGAACUGUUUUUGCUCUUUAUGACAGCAGUGAGCGAUGCACCAUUGGAAUGAUAGCAGUCUCUGAGGAUCUCCAGGGAGCUCUGGUGACCUUUGCUCGCAAUUUGUCAGUCAUUCAUCAGGAAAUAUCAUCCCCUAUAAAGCAAGGAGAAACCAAUUUCAAGGAGCUGAUCAGAAGUAUAGAGGAAUUUCCACAGAUAAUAACAAAGAACAGAAACCAACAGAAGGAUAAGCCUGCUGUUUAG